AUGAAACUAGUGAUUCCAGAAAUCUCUUGGCACAAUCGUGACCCAGUGCUUAGUGUUCACUUUCAACCCACCAAUGAAGAUGGAUUUUAUCGAUUGGCUACGGGUGGAUCAGAUUCUCAUGUUUUUGUAAAAACCUUAUUUAUUUGCUAAAGAUUGAUAUUGAAUUAUAUUCAUUUUUUAUGUAUCUUUUUUUUUUAGAUAUGGCGAAUCAAAGUUGAUGGUAAGAAUGUGCAUGUUGAAUAUGCAGCCAAUUUAACAAAGCACCAAAAAGCCGUUAAUGUUGUACGUUUUUCACCUGAUGGACAAUGGUUAGCCAGUGGUGAUGAUGGUAUGUUGAUUAUUUGUCUCUUGAAAUUUUUUAGGUAUAUUUGUUUUAUUAUUUUUAAUUUUUUUCCAGAGUCUGUUAUAGUUUUAUGGAAAUUCAAACCCGAAAAUGGUGUUGAUCAACGACCCGAUCUGUUAGAAGAUAACGAAUCAAAAAAUCUUGAAAAAUGGGUAUGUCAUUGUGUUUUGAGAGGUCAUCUAGAAGAUGUAUACGAUUUAUCUUGGUCUCCUGAUUCUAAAAGACUUGUAUCCGGAGGUGUUGACAAUAAAGCAAUUAUUUGGGAUAUUAAUAGUGGUAAUAAUUAUAGGUUUACAAAUAAGUUUAAUUUUUAGUAAUUUGUAACUUGUAAUUUGGUUAGUGAAAAUUAAAUUUUCUAGGACGAUAUAAAUCUAUUCUUUCUGAUCAUAAAGGUUUUGUUCAAGGAGUGGCUUGGGAUCCUUUAAAUAAGUAUGCUGCCACACUAAGUAGUGACAGGUAUGAUAAUAAUCUAUAAUUUAUUAAUCAAUUUUUAGUUUUUAUACCAGGAUUUAAAAUUUUGAUAAGAAGUGUAAGUGACAAAUGUAUAUUAUUUAUUUUAUAUUCAUGGGCAAAUGCCCUAUUUACAAGAUUUUAAUAACUAUUGUAACAUUUCUGACAUGUACAUAAAUAAUAAGUAUAUAAUAUUAUUUAUCACAAUUAAUAUUAAUAUAAUAAUUUUAUUAGUUCUAAAGCCUUAAAUUUAAAUAUGUUGCAAAGAAUUAAUUUGAUGGAAAUCGUAUUGGCCAAAAUAAAAGUUUUUGAAAAGAAUAUAUGAUUUCCACUGUUUGUGUCAUAAUUAGGAAUUACAAAUAGAUCUAAGUUCCUUGUGUUUUUACAUGAUUUACAGAAACCAAUUUCAGAUAAAUAACUCAGGAGAGUAGAUGAGGUUAUUUUAAAAAAUUGUAUACUAAUAUAAUAAAUGUUAAUUUAAGCCUUGUACUAAGUGAAUCUAGUCUCAAGAUGUUUUUAACAAUGUUAACAGUAUUUCUAGUGAUAUGUAUAUUAGAGACAUAAGUAAUUUUUUUCAAAAACUUGUAUUGGACAUUGUCAAGAUCGUUUAUAUAUUUUGAGUAAUUACAAUACCAAAUGAGUGAACCAAAUUUGGAGUUAGAUCUUACUAAUGAAAUAUAUAGUCUUUUUAAGCAAAUAUGGUUUUAAAACUUUUUAGUAUUUCUAUUGAUAAAACUUAGCGUUUUAUACAAUUUAUUUAUAAUCAUUUUAUGAUUUAAUUAAAAAGAUAAAUCAUUUUCAAAGUAGACACAUAAAUUUAUAAUAUAAUUUAUUUUAUCAAGAGAAUAGUUAUUAAUUUAGUACUGAAAUAUUAUUAGAUCUUUUACUUUGUAUAAAAGUGAUAAUUUGACAUUUAUUAAUAUUUAAAGGAAGAAGAUUUUGUUCACUCUAUUGCCAAAACUUAUUUAGAUCAGAUUGUAAUAUAUUUGCAUUAUUUACAGAUUUAAUGUCAAAGCAUAAUUUUUUAUAUCAUCUGGAAACAAAUUGUUAAUAUUGGUAUCAAUGGUAGAUCAUUUAUAAAAAUAAGUAAUAGUAAUGGUUCUAGGUGAGAGCCUUGCGGAACAUGCGAGGUCACCAGAUAUUUAUCAGAGUAGUAAAACGAGAUUUUUACUGAUUGUAUACAAUUAGUGAGAUAAGGGUAAAGCUAAUUUAGAAAUUUUCCUCCAAAUCUUUAAAGAUUUUAUUUUAUGAUAUAAUAUACCCUAUGUUUUACCUUGAAAAUCAGUUUAAAUGUUAUGUUUAUUUAUAAUGGUUAUUCUAAGGAUUUUGUUGGGGAAUUUUGGAAUAAUAAUAAAUUUGUCUGUAUAUAUUAUUUUGAAAGUAAACUGUUCUGGUAGAUACUUAGAUUUUUAGAAAUUAAAUUAGAUACCUUUUCAGUAAUUAUGACUCUAAUUAUGACCUAAUAAUUCACUCAUUAAUAUAUUACAACAACACUAAGUUUCGGAUAAAAAUAAUAAAUGUAUUUAAAACAGGAUUACAAAAAAAUAAGUUUGGUUCUUAGGCCACACACAUUUUGAUAAAUUACAUUUAGUUUAAAAAAUGUAGACAAUUAGCUUGUUUUGUAUGAGAGCGAUAUUAUAUUCCUAAAUGCAUUUGUAUUUUGUGUUACUUCUCAAAUUAAACUAAUCAUAGAAAGAUUGAAUUAUAAAUGAUAUUAUUAUUAAAAACAUUAAAAACCAAAAAUAAUUAGUGAUAAUAACAUUAACACUGAAAUAUAUUUGCCAUAGGGGUGUUUUUACAAAUAUUAUUAAGUAUGUUAAUCAAUAGUCAAUCAGAUAAUAAAUUUAAUUAAUAUAGUCCAAUUUUUUUGUAACUUUUUUGAAGGUAAACACAAAUAGUAUAAUAUAGAGGUGGCCAAAAGUCGCGCAACGCCUACGGUCUUGUAUGGAACGCGCGUUACGGCGCAGUUUCUCCCUCCACGUCGUUUCCGUUGUGUCAUAUUGUAACUUUGGUCUCGUUAUCUUGUUUACGUACAACAGGAAGGUUUAUAAAAAAUCAACAUAUUUUACAUAAAACAACAGUUUUAUAAAAACUGUGUUGCAAAUUAGUUGCGUGACUUUUGGCCACCUCUGUAUUUAGUGUAAAAUUUUGAAUACUAACAGUAUAGGUAGGUUAUUUAAAUUUAUUUUUAAAAACACACUAAAAUUAAUUGAAAAAAUAAUUAUAUUUUGAGAAUAAAAUAUCAUGUUAAUUUAUUAAUGUAUUAUAUAACAUUUUUCAGGACUUUAAGAAUAUUUAAUGCAAAUAAUUGUAAAUUAUUGAAUAAAUGUGAUAAAUCAGUUCCUUUGGGAAAAAAAAGAGAUGGAGAAGAAAUAAAAAGUAGAUUAUUCCAUGACGAUACUCUCAAGUCUUUCUUUCGACGUUUGUCAUUUUCACCUGAUGGUCAAAUUCUUGUAACUUCAUCUGGUAUCUUAGAGACAUUUGAUGAACAAACCAAAAAUAAAAGUACUACAAAUGUUAGUUAUGUAUUCGCUAGAAAAUCAUUUACUAAACCUGUGCUAUAUGUACCAUCUCUUGACCAAUAUUCAGUAGCUAUUCAAUUUUCACCGAUUUUGUAUGAACUUAAAGAAAACACAAAAUCAAUAUUUGAUUUACCUUAUAGAAUGGUUUAUGCCAUUGCCACUAAUUCAAGUAUUCUGUUGAUGGACACUCAACAUGCUACACCAUUUGCCUACAUUGGUGAUAUACACUAUACACGCUUAACAGACCUAUCGUGGUAAGUAGUUUUAUUAUUUUUAGAUACAUAAAUAUUUUAUUUUUAACCAUCAUUAAACAGGAAGCUAUGUAAAAUGUUUAGGUCUUUGGAUGGACUAUUACUUAUAGUAUCUUCGUCAGAUGGAUUUUGUUCAAUUAUAAGUUUUAGCAAAGAAGAAUUAGGCGUUCCGUAUUAUUCAGAAAUCAAAAUGAUGGUGACUGAAGAAUCUGUUCUAGAAGAUAUUGAUGAAGUUCCAAAUAACGAUUUUGAGAUUAAAAUAAAACCAAAAGAAGAAGAAAAGCAAAAACUUGAUUUUUCUGAACCUCCUACAAAGAAAAGAGUAAAUUUGGUCACACUUUCUAGUCCUAAAACCAAGAAAUAUUUGAAGAAUUAA